CUCGCUUCCCGCCGGAGUACACAGAGCAAGCUAGUUCCUCCGCUGCUGUGUUAAUGAAAGAAAAGUCUAAUCCACAGAUAGCCUUAUCUCUCCUGAUAGCUUACCUCCAGGAAGAACUACGAACAACAGUUGCACAUCGACCUCUCCGCGGCGCACAUCAUCCCCAUACGGAGUCAGCUGGAGUGAAGUUCUACGCCAUGGUGAAUGUGAGGAUGAUGGUGAUGAUGAUGGUGCCCGCUGUGGUGAGUGUGGUGCUGGUUCUCCCCGUCGCGGCUGCGAGCAUUCAGGAGAAUGCUCCCAACGUCUGGGAGGUGAGCCAGGGCGACCGGCUGCGCGUGGAGCUCGACCGUUCAGAGGCGUCCCACGACCUCCUCCUCACGCCCCUCACCAUGGACGCCGAGCCCUUCCUCUCCUUCGUCGACGAGGGUUACGUCACGCCGUCCUACAAGGGCAAGCUGUGCGAUCCCGAGAGGCGUCUGUGCCACGUCGCCCUCGAUAGGACUUUCGUGAUUACGGCGGUGGACGACGGGGCUCGCACUACCAUCACGGUCACGACGAUAUGCGGGGUCAAGCCUCUCAUGACGGCCGAGGUCAGGUCAGGUUAUCCGCUCGGUGUCGUGGUUGGCAGCGAGAGAGGAACGGUUCAAGCUGUGUUAAAUGUGACCACUUCUGACCACAUGGAUGAGUGUCCAAAAGUAACGACCUCCAGCACAGCUCCCAUAGUCAUCGGAAUCAUGCUACUGGUGGUGGCUGUCGGUGUCGUCGGCUUCGUUGUCUACGGCAGGAAGAAGCGCGACCAAGGCGGGCCGGUCGGGACUGAUGAAGAGGUGGAGAAGCCGACCCCAGAGAGCGAAAAUCUUCAGGAUCAAGAAGUUGUUUAAUUUUUAUGUUCUGUCUCAAGGUGUUGAGGCAAUGAUGUCAUGAAUGUCAAGACGUCAUGAGUAUUACAUGACGUGACUAAAGUUGAUGGCAUGAAAGUUAAGGUAUCAUGAAGCUUAUGAUGUCAUGAGGAUCAUGAACUUGUAAAGACUAUGAUGAAUAUUAAGUCACCAAGGUUGAUGACGCAAUAAAGGCUGCGGUGAUAUUGUUAUUACUGUUGAGAUAUGCAUCUGUUUGCAUAGUAUAUGAGAAGUCACUGGUAAUUUUUAUUGCAUGUUACAUAGUCUUAUGCCAUAUGAAUAUCUGUGUUUUUAAAUAUAAGAUUGUGAAAAUAAACUUUUAUAAUAAAUACAUUAAAAUGUC